UCCGUAAUUUUAAGCAAGUAUGUUACGAAAUCGCGGACUAUUGGCAGGCAUAGGAAUAUUCUGGGCAUUUCUAUGGUUGCCGGGAGCACAGCUCAAACGCAACUAUAAAAUCGAAUAUACCAAAUGUUCCAGCUUUCACAAUACCUCUAGUGUUAGAUUUUUCCAGUUUUCCUUGCGCAAUGAUAGCCAUCGUCUGAAUUUAAUAGAUGGAAGGCUCGAAUUGGCCAAAACCAUCGAAGAGAUUCAAACAAAAGUUGUGAUAAAACUUUGGCGAAAAAAUUCGCCAGCAUUUACUUUAGCUGAUGUGGUCUUGAAUGGUUGCGAAUUUAUGGAUACCAUGCACAAGAAUAAAUUAUUGGCCAUUUUCAAAAAGAAUAUAAUGCGUUACAUAAAUGAAUUUCCCAGGUGUCCUCUUAAAAAGAAUUUUAAUUACACUUUAACCGGAUAUUAUCAAAAUGAAGACGAUUUCCCCACAUAUGUACCGGAAGGCGAAUUUCAAGUGCAGUUACAUUUUUUUCAGGAAAAUAAGAUAUAUGCAAGGGUUUUGUUUUGGGGUCAAGUGGUUUACUUGAAAAGUAGCCAAUUCAAAGGAUAAAUGAAAAAAAAAAAAUAUGUCCAAAAACUUGCCCAAAAAGUAA